GAAUGUUUCGAUUAAGCGUAUUUCACUUGUCUAGUUAGUGUAUGGAUAGUAUCGUUUUAACACAUUUUCCACAAUUUAGGGACGACGCGAUUACGAUUUCUAAUGUUGGUAUAAUUGCAAGAUGGCGUCCGAGAAACCCGGGAGCAUUGAACAAGAGCAAGACCAAUCUUUAACCGAGCUGGAACAAACUUUACUGAGUAUGGAAAAUUUAGAUAGAGCUUCCCCCGAAAUAUGGCCCGAAAAAUACCCAGGUAUGACAGAUUUCAUUAACAGUUUUACACCACCAAGUACAGUGAAGUUACCUUAUUCUAGACAAUUAAAUCAAGAGGAUCAGAAUUACUUGCAUCAAUUAGCUGCACUUCCAACAGCAGGACUGAUUUCAAAAGUCAAGGAAUUACACGAUAUUGCUUACCAGUUGGGUCAAGAGGAAUCAAAAGAAGUAACAAGGGGAAAAUAUUUAAAUUUGUUUAAACCUCGAAGACAAAAAUGAUCUCAACAAAUGAGGGUAUUAAUAGUGAAGGUACGCUGCCAGUUUAUUGGCAAUGAAGUAUUUCAUUAAACAGUUGAUAAAAUGAACAGUGGUAUGUAAUUUGUGGAGUUUACUUUAUCGUUCUUUUAUAUAAUGAAUCUUACCAAAUUUUGUUACACCUUUUAAAUGUUGACGGAAUGAUUUCCUUUUAUAAGAUUGCAUUUACUUAAUUUUUAUGUUAUAUUAGGACAGAAAGUGUAAAAAGUUUAUGGUUGACGUGAUUUAAGUACAAACUUUAUAUUUGUAUAAAAAUAAACAGUGAAAUUUA